UGGGUUCCAACUACAAGGAACAUGUGAGUAUAAUCAUCAUUCCAUGUUACCAGUGACCAGGAUACCAGCCACUCUGGUUUUCUUGUUCACGUUGGUCCAUAUUCAUGCUCGACAUACUACAAUACUCCCGGGUGUUCCAGACUUGUCCGAUACCAAGAUGUCGUACAAAUACAUUGAUAAGUUAAGUCUAUCGAACGACCAUAGACGAGAGAUUCAGGAGAUACUGCAGGGCUUUGACGCCCAGAAUGAAAAGCUGCUAGCAGAGUACCAGGCAGAGAAAUACAGACCGUUCACCAUCGAUGAGAGGAUUUCCGAGGCCCAAGUUCUACUGCUGACCAAUCUGCCUGCUACGGCCACGUUACUUGAAGAUACGCUUAGCUUCCCAGAAAUAUCUACUGAGCAGCAAGUGAAGUGUUAUCACUUGAAGUACCAAGUUUACAUGUCCAUUGGGCCACUUAGCAAAGGCCUGGAGGCUGCUCAACAAGAAUAUAAAGCAGCAAAGUCUACACCAUUGGGUGCUAGCAACCUGCCAACACCAAAGGAGGGUUCCCCAGGGAUCCAUGCUGGGCACUCUGAUUCAUCAUUGAGGGAGAUGCACUUUCAGGCGGCGUUGGACAUGGGGAAUGCUCACCGUUUCCUCGGCAACUUGCAGGAUGCCAAGACGUAUCUUGACGAGGCUGAGAUGUUGGCCGUCGAGAUGGGCGACGUGGACAAGAUCACCACGACAACCAUCCAUCACGGGGAUUGGAUUCUUGGGAGUGGACAUCUGAAGGAGGCUAUUGCCAAGGUUUUCCAGCCGCUGUUGAAACGGAAUAUGAGCGACAAGAAUAAGGGGCUAAUGUUACAGUCAUUUGGAAAUGCUUGUAGGGCUUCAGCAGACUUCGGAACAGCUAAAGAGUACUUGAGAGAAGCCAUCGCUAUCGCCGAGCGACUUGAAGAUCAUGUUGCCGUGGCAGAUCGCCAUGGGGACUUGGGAACCAUUUUUCGGUCGGAGGGGCGGUUCGCUGAUGCCCUUAUCCAUCAGAAAAAGCAGUUUGUGUUUGCAAAAAAAAGAGGUGACCAGGCAGCUUUAGUGGUAUCCUGCUUCAACAUUGGCUUCACUCAUUACUCCAUGAGCCCACCGGACUACAACUCAGCCUUGGUCUACCACACAGUACUUGGAGCUCUUUGGACAGGAUUGGAAAUGUUGAUAACUGUGAAGGACCCUCUUACAUCAUACCUGUUCUUCUUUCCUAGGUGA